AUGGCGCCUGAGGCCCCUGCGGACACGGCAGGCCCGUCCUCCCCACCGCCUAAACUUCCAGACGGCUGGCUACCCCAAUGGGAAGGCGUACGACGGAAAUGGUAUUACGUACAGCGCACGACUGGGAAGUCACAAUGGGAGAUUCCAACCGAACCAGUCAUCCUAACUCCGUCGACAACACCAACGCCGAUCGGGACAGGACCAUCGCCAGCGCCAUCCUCGAACCCGAUAAAUGAUGGCACCCGACAGGUGAAUACUGGGGACAAAAUGGUUGGAGGAAAAUAUUCCGCCGCGGACAGUGCGAGAAUUUCCAGAUCCCUAAACUCCCAAAUGUAUGGGCAGGCGGAUAAUUCGAUGCAUGCAUCUGGAUUACCGGGUUGGUAUUCGAAUCAGAUUGGCCAGCACCUGCCCGGCGGGUAUGAGCAGCAGCCCGCUGCCAACGCAACUGGAUAUGGUCCGAUUCCAUUACAACACGGCCUUGCUGGGAAUAUGAAUGGCCAGCCGGCAUUUUUGGCGGGCCAGGUCCACCAAGGUUAUGCAAUCCCCGGUCCACACCAUUUGGGGCAAGGUAUGCCCUCAACGGCGUGGGGUGAUAACCCUGGUAUAUUCCAGGGCUUUUCGAGUGCUUACACUAUUGGCCAAAAUCCACAAUAUUCUCAGGGAUUCCCUGCGGGUCGUGUGUCAACACAGAAUCAGCAGACCCCGGAGUCGUGGACAGCGUCUAGGGGCCUGCAAGGACAAAUGGGAAGAGAAAUCCCCGGGACAUCUGCACACGAGUCGCCGUGGCAAGGCUCUCAACAAGGCCAGCUUGGUCCACCUAGUGAGGGUCUGCAAUUGAACACGCAACCGUCGACCAUCCCCAAGCCAAUUUUUGGUUCAUUCCCAUCCCCGCGGGAUGUCGAACCGUCUCCGAGAGAGUUCGCUCAUCACACCUCGGAACCAUCUCUUAGGCGGGAAGCACAGUCGUAUCAAUCGUCUGAGGAGAAUUCCCGGGACAACUCACCACACUCCAUGGUUGACAAUGCCAGAAAUGGUCAAGGCUAUCCCAUCUUACGUUCCCAUUCUCAACAAGCUCCCACGAACCCUGCAUUGCAUGGUUUCUCACCACUGCAACAUGUCCAGAGUCAGUAUCAACGACAGCACAUGAUACGCACACGUUCAGAUUUACCUACUGCCCAAAACCAGCAACAAUACUAUGACCCAAUGGCGCAAGGGGAUAUCCAUCACUAUGUUUCUCAACAUAACGGCCAUGGCAGUGGUCCUGCUGGCUUCUCCGCGCCAACACACGGUCAUCAAAUACCCUACCACCAGCCGAGACCUUAUUCGGAACAUUCACCUGGUGAACCACGAGAAGCGUCAGGGACACAAUUUGUUAGCGGGCCAUGGCCCUAG